CUUAGCGCUCUUUUUGUUCAUCUCUUUCUGUUGCUUUUUGUUUCGAUUUUGAGCUCCGUCGUUAGGUUUCGCGAUGCGAUGUCAUGGUGGAUUUAGGGUUUUAGAUGCUAGUAGCUUGAUAGCUCUGUGAGAUUUAGGCUUCAGUUUCGACUGAAACGAUUGCAGUCUUGAUUUCAUAUGGAGUUUGAUGGUUCAAUCUUGCGCUAGGACUUGGCUUGGAGCACCGUUGAACGUCUCUCCUUUUUCUUUUUUUCCUUGAAAGAAAAGAUUGUGUCUGUUGUCUGCAGUCCAAUUAAAUUAGGGCUUUACGAUGAUGCUCUGGAAUUCUAGAUGCGUCUGUUGUCCGUAACCCAAUAAAAUCUGGGUUUUACGAUGAUGCUCUGGAAUUCUUUUUAAGUUUAGUGAUGUCAGUUAGGCGUCUGGGUGUGCAUUAUUGGUAUUUUCUAGGUAUUUUGAUUCUUUUUUAUGUUGCUUACAUCUAUAAGUUUAUGAUCGUUAGCUACAGUUUGAUUUUCAGAUUCAUUCAAGUUUCAUUUGUUAAGGAGUAUGAAGAAACUCAAAAAAAAUGAUUGCAGUGGGUUCUUUACUGUGCUUGCUUAAUUAACACCGGUUAUAUAUUCUCAAUUCUAGGGUUAACUUGAAGAGAGAGAUAAUGAGAAAUAUGAGAUAGAGGAUGAAAUUGAUGCAGAAAGAAGAGAAGAAAUCAAUUGGAAAUCGAUUCAAUGUCGAUAAAGGAAAUCUUGCAUGUUAUUCACUUGCAUCGUUUCUCCCUUUUUUUUACAUAAAUGUUAGUGCGGGAGAGACUUACAGCACUUGCCUGCACUAUUGGUUGUUGUUGGGCUUUUCAAGGAUGUUUUGGUGGUGCGCAAAGUGGUAACAUUUUUUAGUACAAGGUUAGGGUGGUUGCUAGAUGUGGCUUUAUUAUUGAAGCAGGUAGAUGAUCCUCAUCCUUUCAUAUGGAAUGCAGUUAUUAGAGGUCAUGAGCAAAGUGAUAAACCAUGGAAAGCAAUAGAUUUGUACAAUCAGUGUUACACAACUCCUGAUAAGUUGACCUUUCGUUUCUCCUCAAAGCUUGCGCCAGUUCUCAGGCACUUAAAGAAGGAGAGCAAAUUCAUUGUCAGAUUCCAAAGACUCCACUGCUCACAGAUGUGUUUGUGCAGGGUUCUUUGAUUUUUAUGUAUGCUAGUUAUGGGAGAUUGAUGCUGCAUGUGCUUCAUUUGAUGCAAUGCCACACAAAAAUUUGAUUAGUUGGAACAUGAUGAUUGAUGGUAUAUAAGACACGGAAAUGUUAAUACUGCAUUAGACUUGUUUGAUCAAAUGCCUGAGCGCAUUUUUUUUGGAAUGUGAUGUUUAUAGGAUUGCAAAGCAUGGGCAGGUUCAAUUUGCAAAACAGUUGUUUGAUGACAUGCUUGAUAGAUAGGGGCGGCAAUAACUUGAUUCAACCUAUUGCAGAUCGGGUUAGGUUACCUAUUUAAUAAAAUGAUUAGGCUUGAGUUUAGAUUUUUAACCCGCUUAAUAAAAUGGUAGGAUUCAGGUUGACAAAUUUUUAACCCUUGUAUCCGACUCGACCCAUACAUGGUCCAACCCAACCCGAUUGCCACCUCUACUGAUAGAGAUCUUCUUUCAUGGAAUUCCAUGAUUGAUGGCUAUGCUAGAUGUGGAAACAUGGAAGGUGCGGGGGGGUUAUUUGAUCAAGUUUCCUUUAAAAGAUGAGGUCACCUGGGGCAUUAUGCUUAACGGAUUUGCAAGAUGUAAUCAAAUAGAUAUUGCGCAUAGUUGGUUUGAAGAAAUGCCUUAUCUUGGAAUUCUUUGAGUAGUGGGUAUGCUAAUUGCUAAAUGUGACAAGAUGGAUGUAGCACAUAAGAUAUUUGAGUUAAUGCCAUCUAGGAACUUGACUUCAUGGAAUGUCAUGCUUGAUGCCUAUAUGCAAUUUGGUGGGAUGGAACUAGCCUAUCAACUUUUUAAUACAAUGCUGGUCAAGAAUGCUGUGUCUUGGAACAUUAUGAUUGGUGAGCAUGCUAAAAGACUUGGAAGGGUGAAAGUAGCACGAGAGCUUUUCAACACCAUGCCUUAUAGGGGCAUGAUUUCAUGGAAUGCAAUGAUAUCUGGCUACAAAGAAAAUGGGAUUUCAAAAGAUGCUAUUGAACUGUCUGUUGACAUGCACUUGCUAGGAGAAAGACCUGAUUGCUCUACUUUAGCUAUUAUUCUUUCUGCUAUUGCUGAUUUAGGCCUUUUUGUCCAAGGUAGAUAUGUUCAUGGGUAUGUCGAUAGGAACCAGUUCCCCUUGAUUAGUGUCAUUUGGUGUGCUCUCAUAGAUGUGUACUCCAAGUGUGGUUAUGUUGAUAUUGCAAUGAGAAUAUUUGAUUGCAUACCUAAAAAAUGCAAAGAUCAUUGCAAUGCAAUGAUAUCAGGACUUGCAGUACAUGGCUAUGGGAAACUUGCUGUCUCCUUAGUUGAAGAUAUGGAACCAUCAUUUGUUGGACCAGAUGAUAUAACUUUCUUUUAUGUUUUGACUGCAUGCAGUCAUGCAGGCUUAGCAUACGAGGGUCAACAACAUUUAUCCUUAUGAACCACAAGUAUGUAAUUACUCCUAAGAUCCAGCACUGUUGUUGUAUGGUUGAACUUCUAAGCCGUGCAGGGCAUCUUGAUGCAGCAGUUGCCCUAGCGAACAGCAUGCCAAUGAGAGCCAACAAUGUUGUUUUUAGGGUGGUUCUGGGUGCUGCUAGGGACCAUGGAAAUAUUGAAAUUGCUGAGCAUGCAGCAAGGCAACUUGUUGAGCUGGUGCCUCAUGAUAGUCGCUCGUAUGCAUUACUUUCUAGCAUAUAUCUCUACAAAGGCCAAUAUGAAAGUGCUAGUGACAUCUGUAAGAUUAUGAAGGAGAAAGGGGUGGUAAAGAAUCCCGAUUGUAGCUGCAUUGAAUUACAAGGUGUUUUUCGUGAGUUUACUGCAGGAGCCACUUCACAUCCUCAAAUCAUGGAGAUAUAUUUUCUACUGAAUAAUAUGACACUAUGGUUGAUGUUUGCAGGUAA